AUGUCGACGCGCCCAUCGCGUCGGGCCGCCGCAGCCAGGCGCGCCCCCAUUAUCGAAGAAUCAUCAUCGGACGACGAGAUCGCAAACACAUCGAAAGCUGCCGAGGAUGACGAGGAGGAGGACUAUACACCCGCGCCUGCUUCGGCAGCCCGCAAGACUGCUCAGCGCAGCACUAGACGGUCGACGGCCACGCCCGCUCCCAGGCAAGGAACACCAGCAGCAGAAGCAUCAUCAUCGAAAGCACCGACACCGGCACCAAAAGCUGCGCCAAAAAGACGCGGACGACCUAAGAAGAACGCCGCCCCUAAGCCCAGCGAAGAGCCCAGUGUCGAAUCGAGUAUUGUAGCCGAUGUUGAACCAGAAGCUCGGCCUGGAACACCAGAACCCGCCGUCAAACCGAAAGACGAACCAAUGGAGGACAGCAUCGACCCCAAUGUGACAGUCGUGUCUGCCAUGUCGCCCGCUACAACCGCCGUGAUCGCGGAGCCAGAAGCCCGGGAUACGCAAGAAAUACAGUCACCCCCGCGGAAGCGUAGAACACUUGUGCGGCGGCUCAGCAGAUCGCCAGCAAAGAUUAUGCAGGACCAGCUCGAGUUGCAACAACAGCAACAAGCCAGCCGUCAAGGGACACCAACACCAGGCUCUCCGUCAACCCAGCGCCUCGAUCGCCAACCCGCUCCUCUACAAGACAUCACUCAGACACGCAUAAACUUACCACCACCAACCGCGGCAUCAGAGACACUCGUCAACACUCAGCCAGCAUCAACAGCAGAUGAGACCAUGGUGGCGGCACAGAAGCCUGUCAGGGCUAUGGAUACCAUUUUGGAAAAGCCCAUGGAUAUUGUCCUCAAGUCACGGACCAUGGCUCUUCCCGUUGUCGAAGAUACUGGCCCGAAGCCACGCAUCGUCAUCACCAACCUUGUGCUUAUCAACUUCAAGAGUUACGCCGGUAGACAGGAGGUCGGCCCCUUCCAUGCUUCAUUUUCUUCGGUCGUCGGCCCCAACGGUUCGGGCAAGUCUAACGUCAUCGACUCGUUGCUGUUCGUCUUCGGUUUCCGUGCCAGCAAGAUGCGACAAGGAAAGAUCUCGGCCUUGAUCCACAACUCGGCCCAGUUCCCGGAUCUCAACUACUGUGAGGUGGAAGUGCAUUUCCAGGAAGUCAUGGAUUUGCCCGGUGGUGGUCACGAAGUUAUCCCUGACUCGACGCUCGUCAUCUCGCGCAAAGCCUUCAAGAACAACUCGAGCCAGUACUACAUCAACGGCAAAUCGUCAAACUUCACCACCGUGACUACGCUGCUCCGCGACCGUGGCGUCGAUCUGGACCACAAGCGUUUCCUCAUUUUGCAGGGUGAGGUCGAAUCGAUUGCCCAGAUGAAGCCUAAGGCCGGCAACGAGCACGAAGACGGUCUACUGGAGUACCUAGAAGACAUCAUCGGCACUUCCAAAUACAAGACGCCAAUCGAAGAGUCGGCCACUGAGGUCGAGACCCUCAACGAAAUCUGCAUGGAGAAGAGCGGCCGUGUCCAGCACGUAGAAAAGGAAAGGAACAGCCUCGAGGACAAGAAGAACAAGGCGCUGGCGUUUGUUCGCGACGAAAACGAACUGGCACUGAAGCAGUCGGCUCUCUACCAACUCUACACUACCGAAUGCGACGACAACAUUGCUGUCACAGAGGAGGCUAUCGGUCAGAUGCAGGCACAACUUGACGCUGAGCUCGAGAAGCAUCAUGGCAGCGAACAGCUCAUCAAGCAGCUGGAAAAGGCCUACUCCAAGGGUAGCAAGGAAUACGACUCAUGGGAGAAGCAGACCCAGCAGCUGGUAAAGGAGAUGAACAAGUUCGAGCAGGAACGGGUCAAAUUCGAGGAGAAGCGAAAGUUCUUGACGGACAAGCGUAAGAAGCUUGAGAAGACGAUCGCCAAUGCCGAGAAGACGGCUGUCGAAGCGGAUGAGACCAUUCAGAAUUGCACCAAGGAGAUCGAGCGCCGUCAAAAGGACAUUGUUUUCCUGGAAAAGAAGGUGAAGGAGGAGGAGGCCGAACUUGCCACCAUUCGUGAGAGCCUCAAGGGCAAGACGCAGAAAUACUCUGAUCAGAUUGCGGCAAAGCAAAAGUCGCUCGAGCCAUGGAAGGACAAGAUUAACCAGAAACAAUCCGCCAUUGCCGUUGCCGAGAGUGAGCUGGCUAUUCUGAGGGAAAAGGCCAAUUCCGGGACUGUGGCCCUUGAGGAGAUGGAGGCCAAGAUUAUGGCCAUCCAGGAAAGGCAAGCGGCCAAGGCGGAGGAGAUGGAGCAGUGUAAGGCCGAGAGAGCGAACCUGAUUAAGGAGGGCAAGAAGAUCGAGGCCGAGCUUGCCAAACUCGCGGAGGAGGAACCCAAGUACCGACAACAGCUUUCGAAUGCCCGUCAAAAGGCUGACGAGGCGCGGUCGAGCUUGUCCGCUACUCAAAACCGGGGCAAUGUCUUGACUGCGCUUAUGCGCAUGAAGGAGUCGGGUCGUAUCGAUGGGUUCCAUGGACGUCUUGGAAACCUCGGUGCUAUCGACCAUAAGUAUGACAUUGCCAUUUCCACAGCCUGUGGCGCGCUUGACAACUUUGUCACCGACACUGUUGAGGCCGGUCAGCAAUGCAUCGAGUAUCUCAGGAAAACCAACCUUGGUCGUGGAAACUUUAUGUGCUUGGACAAAUUGAGAGUCCGCGACAUGUCACCAAUCAACACCCCCGAAAACGCCCCUCGUCUCUUUGACCUGGUCAAGCCCAAAGACGACAAGUUCCGACCCGCCUUCUACCAUGCUCUCCAGGACACGCUGGUUGCCAAGGACCUCGCACAGGCGAACCGGAUUGCCUAUGGCGCCAAGAGAUGGCGAGUAGUGACCCUUGCCGGCGAGCUUAUUGACAAGUCAGGUACCAUGACCGGUGGUGGCACGACAGUCAAGAGGGGUCUGAUGUCCUCCAAGCUUGUGGCCGACACCACCAAGGAGCAGGUUGACAAGCUUGAGCAGGACCGUGAUACCUUGGAGCAAGCCUUCAACGAGUUUCAAGACCGCCAACGAGAGCUCGAGUCUCGUCUACGUCAGGUCCAGUCCAUGGUCCCUCAGCUCGAGACCAAGAUGCAGAAGAUCAACCUCGAAGUCGAGAGCUCCGAGCGCAAUCUCGCCGAUGCCCAGCGCCGUAUCAAGGAGCUCAGCAAGGAGCAGCAGCCAUCCAAGAUAGACGACAACCGCGUCGCCGCCCUGGAAAAGGAAAUUGCCAAGCUCGAGGGCGAGGUCGAGAAGCUGCGCGAGGAGAUGUCCUCCGUCGAAGAGGAGAUCAAGGCUCUUCAGGAUAAGAUCAUGAAGGUGGGUGGUGAAAAGCUUCGCUCGCAGAAAGCCGCCGUAGACCAGCUCAAGACAGAGAUCGUUGAGCAAAACGAGCAAACUUCGGCUGCCGAGGUGAAGAUGGCCAAGGCAGAGAAGCAGAAGCACAAGCUUGAGAAGGACUUUAACAAAGCUUCCAAGGAGCUGCAGAACGCCAUUCAGGAGACCGAGGCUCUGGAGGAAGAAAUACAGAACCAAGGCAACACCGCCGAGAGCCUUACGACUCGUGUCGAAGAGGCGCAGGAGGCGCUCAAGGAGAAGAAGAAGGAGUUGGCGGCUAUGAAAAAGGAGCUGGAUGAGAAGACGGCCGAACUCAACGAGACAAGGGCGGUGGAAAUUGAGAUGCGCAACAAGCUCGAGGAGAACCAAAAGAUCUUGUCCGAGAACCAGAAGCGUCUCCGCUACUGGGAAGACAAGCUCUCCAAGCUUGCCCUUCAAGACAUUGAAGAUCUCGAGCGCGGCACCAGCGCCGACGCAGCAGCUCAACAACCUGCCGAUCCUGACGCCAUGGACGUCGAUGAUCCUGAUUCUAUGCUCCAAGCGCAACUCGAAGCCGAAGCCAAUGAGGCCGAAGAGGAAGACGAUGAAGACGACGAAAACGAAGAAGAGGAAGAGGAAGAAGACGCCAUGUCCCUCGACGAAGACGGAGACGACGAGCCCCGCCAGCGCAAGAAGGUCAAAACCCCCAAGAAACAAAAGAAGCGCCGCGUACAAACCGGCAAAACCCCCCGCAAACCCCGCAACCCCCUCGAACUCCCGCGCUACACCCGCGACGAGCUAGCCGACAUGUCCAAAGAGAAACUCAAGGGAGAAAUCGCCGCUCUGGAAGAGAAGAUCUCUAACGUGAACAUCGACCUCUCCGUCCUUUCCGAGUACCGUCGGCGCGUAGAAGAACAUCUCGCGCGCUCUUCCGACUUGGCCUCAGCCGUCUCCCAGCGCGACGCAGCCAAGAAACGCCUCGACGAACUCCGUCGUUUGCGACUGGAGGGGUUCAUGGAAGGAUUCUCUACCAUCUCCCUGAGGCUGAAGGAAAUGUACCAGAUGAUCACCAUGGGCGGAAACGCGGAAUUAGAACUGGUGGAUUCGCUUGAUCCGUUUUCCGAGGGCAUUUUGUUCUCAGUGAUGCCGCCCAAGAAGAGCUGGAAGAAUAUCAGUAACUUGUCGGGUGGCGAGAAGACGCUGAGUAGUCUGGCGCUGGUGUUUGCGCUGCAUCAUUAUAAGCCGACGCCGCUUUACGUGAUGGAUGAGAUUGAUGCGGCGCUGGAUUUCAGGAAUGUCUCAAUUGUAGCCUCCUACAUCAAAGAACGCACCAAAAACGCUCAGUUCAUCGUCAUCUCCCUGCGUAACAACAUGUUUGAGCUCGCGGCCCGUCUCGUCGGCGUCUACAAGGUCAACCACAUGACCAAGAGCGUAACUAUUGAGAACCACGAUUAUAUCCAGAGGGGCAAACAUCAGAAGGAAGAAAAGGAACGGAGGGAGAGGGAACGACGGGAGAGGGAGGAGAAAGAGCGGAGGGAGGCGAUGGAACGGCAAAGAGAGGCUAUGGAACGGACUGCGGAGUUGACUAUUGCUAGUAUUGAGGCUUAG